AAAUUAAGAAAACUGUCAACUUCAGUUUUGUUGUCAACAAAUCUUCCUACUUGGGGAAUUUAUUUCUCAUUGCAAUAUACAUAGGAAACAUUAGUUUUGUGAAAGUACAUGUAGAAAAAUACCAACUAGCACUACUCAACAUGGAUUUCAUGUUUCUCAAGAAAUUCACACUUCUCUUCCUCCUCAUUUCUGGUUCACUUUUGACAACUUCUUUUGCAGGUCGAGCAUCAAAUUUCAUCAGAAUUUCAAAUGAAGAUGUGAAUGCAGUUCAUGAGGUAACAACAAAGAUGGCAAUGAAUGAGGAAGAAGUAAGAAGCAUCCAUGAGAGGCUUCUUAGGGCUAAUACAAAAGAUUAUGGACGAUAUGAUCCAUCGCCAACUUUUUCUAAGCCUCCUUUCAAGCUCAUACCAAAUUGAAUGAACACGUUCAAAAAAUGAAUCUUGAUAUAGUUGGAAGUUGGUAUGGAUAAUAUAAUUACUAUAAAUAAAUAAUUAACCCACUGUUUAAUUAUCUUAGUGUAAUAUAUGCUUCCAUAUAUAUUAUAUAGACAUGUAUAAAUAUAAAUGCUUAGUCAUGUUUUGAAGUCUAUAAUAAUUUUGAGUUAUUAUAGAAGAUGUACGUGUAUGCGUGUUUUAAGUUUUAAUAUCACUAGUACUUAUACUAUAGCUCUAUUUUUUGUUUGAUAUAUUAUAGAGAUAAUACUAUAUAUUUGGGUAUUGCAUGAAAGGAAAUAAUUAAUGAGAUUAUAGAUGUUA